CCACUUUCCUGACGACUGUGCGUCUUAUUCACUAAAAUAUCUUUAACCAUUAUUCAAAGAACAUGUGAAAUUCCAGUAAAAUUUAUCAUUCAGUCGAAUGAUUGUGCUCUGAAAAGAAAAAGCGAAGGGUGCAAAAAAAAAAAAAAAAUCCUACUUUUGAAUUAAAUGCAUAUUUCUUUAAAUUGGUUGAGAUUUGUAACCCCCUCUACUAAAAAACCUCCUCGUUUUCAUCUCAGUUGCUUGCCUUCUUCUUCGUCUUGUUUUUCUUCAGUGGUUUUUGCAAUGUCUUAUGAUAAAGAGAUCGCUGCUGCCAAGAAAGCUGCCUCUUUGGCUGCUCGUCUCUGCCAGAAAGUGCAAAAGGCUUUACUUCAAUCAGAUGUUCAAUCCAAAAAUGAUAGAACUCCUGUAACAGUUGCUGAUUAUGGCUCACAAGCACUGGUUAGUUUUAUGCUGCAGCACGAAUUUCCUGGUGAAUUCUCAUUAGUUGCCGAGGAGGAUUCUAAAGAUCUUCGCAAGGAUGGUGCCCAGGAAAUAGUAGAGCGCAUUACCAAACUUGUGAAUGAUUCUCUAACUAUUGAUGGAUCAUACAGUGUUACUUUAUCCACAGAAGAUGUUCUCAAGGCCAUUGACAGUGGCAAAUCUGAAGGUGGUUCCCAAGGUCGACACUGGGUUUUGGAUCCUAUAGAUGGUACUAAAGGGUUUCUAAGAGGAGAUCAAUAUGCAAUAGCGUUGGCUUUGCUAGACAGAGGAAAAGUUGUUUUGGGUGUGCUGGCUUGUCCAAAUCUUCCUUUAGCUUACAUCAGUGAUGCUAAUCAGCACUCUCCAAAUAAUGAAGUUGGUUGUCUUUUCUUUGCUGAAGUUGGUGGAGGAACUUAUAUGCAGCCACUUGACAGUUCUUCAACGGUGAAGGUGCAAGUAAGUGCUGUUGAAAAUCCUGAAGAAGCAUCACUCUUUGAGUCAUAUGAAGCAGCACAUUCCAUGCAUGAUUUAUCUAGUUUAAUUGCCCAAAAACUUGGCGUCAAAGCACCACCAGUUAGGAUUGAUAGCCAGGCAAAGUAUGGUGCUCUUUCCAGAGGAGAUGGAGCCAUUUAUCUGCGUCUUCCUCACAAAGGGUACCGAGAGAAAAUAUGGGAUCAUGCUGCUGGGUAUAUUGUUGUGACUGAAGCUGGGGGUGUGGUCACUGAUGCUGCUGGGAACCCAUUGGAUUUUUCCAGGGGAAAGUAUCUUGAUCUGGAUACAGGCAUCAUUGUUACCAAUCAGAAGUUGAUGCCAUUACUCUUAAAGGCAGUUAGAGAAUCCCUGGAGGAGAAAGCUUCAUCCUUGUGAUUCGAUUUACAGGCAGGGUUUUUUAUCCUUUCCUCAUUUAAUCAUUUAUUUCCUUUGCUUUCCCAUCAAGGCAAGGGCCCCUGGCUUUAAUGCAUCUAUUUUUGGUGUGAAAAUUUCGUGGUUAUCCUCAAAAUAGGGCGCCCUACUUUAUGAGGCAAAAGCUUAUGGGUCCAAACUCCUUAAUGGCAUUGCAUUUGAAGUUGCAUUUGAUUGCAGCCAGUGAAUUUUAACGCAAUUGCAAUAGCAAGCACCAUUAAAAUUGUAAUAUAAAAUCCCAAUUUUGGUUAAGUUUUUAUUUUUCCCAAAUGCAGUGUAAACAAUUUUUAUUAAAUUAUUAAAAAUAUAAAUGUCCUAAUUUAUUUUUUUUGUAUUGACAAAUAAUUCUGAGUCUAACUAUAAAGUAAAUAAAUUUUUUAUUUUAAUUAUUUCGGAAUC